CAACCCUGGGAGGAGGGUGUGUCUGACCCGGCUCUGGGUCCGGUAUAAAUACCGCCCGUCCCGGCCUCAGUCCGUCUUCGCGCCGGCAGCAGCUCCUCCUGGAAGGUCGAACUCACGAUGGCAGCUCCGAAGAAAAUCUGUGUGAUCGGCUCUGGAAACUGGGGCUCCGCCAUCGCUAAGAUCGUGGGCGCCAACGCAGCCAAGUAUGACAAGUUUGACACCACAGUGAACAUGUGGGUGUUCGAGGAGACGGUGGACGGCCGCAAGCUCACAGAAAUCAUCAACACAGACCAUGAAAAUGUGAAAUAUCUGCCCGGUCACAAGCUGCCCCCCAAUGUGCUGGCUGUUCCAGACUUGGCUGAGUCUGUGAAAGGAGCCGACAUCCUCAUCUUCGUGGUUCCUCACCAGUUCAUUGUGAGAGUGUGCGACACCAUCAAAGAGCACAUAAAGAAGGAUGCUGUAGGAAUGUCUCUCAUCAAGGGCGUCGAUGCAGGUCCAGAGGGUCUGAAGCUGAUCUCACAGGUCAUCCGAGAGAAACUGGGCAUCACUAUGACAGUCCUCAUGGGUGCGAACAUCGCUAACGAGGUCGCUGAUGAGAAGUUCUGCGAAACAACCAUCGGGUGCAAAGACAAAGCUGCGGGGCCGCUGCUGAAGGAACUGAUGCAAACCACCAACUUCAGAGUCACUGUGGUGGAGGAGUCUGACGUUGUGGAGAUCUGCGGGGCGCUCAAGAACAUUGUGGCAGUCGGAGCCGGCUUCUGUGAUGGGCUGGGAUUCGGCGACAACACCAAGGCGGCGGUGAUUCGUCUCGGCCUGAUGGAGAUGAUUGCCUUCGCCAGGGUCUUCUGCACCGACUGCCCCAUCUCCCCCGCCACCUUCCUGGAGAGCUGCGGCAUCGCUGACCUCAUCACCACCUGCUACGGCGGACGCAACCGCAAGAUUGGAGAGGCGUUCGCCAAAACAGGCAAAACCAUCGAGCAGUUAGAGAAUGAGCUGCUGAACGGUCAGAAGCUUCAGGGUCCGGCCACUGCAACUGAGGUCCACCAAAUCUUGAAACAAAAGAAUAUGGUGGAAAAGUUCCCUCUUUUCACUGCCGUUUAUCAGAUCUGCUUCAACAGCCACCCAGUCACAGAGUUCAUCAAGUGUUUGCAAAACCACCCAGAGCACAUGUGAAGGACUGACAUAAGGACUGCUGAAUGGAUGGAAGUUGGGAAAGACUUUCACACUAGAGCUACUGUAUAACUAAGGAGUUUAUAGGGGGGACAGACUGGGUCUAAUCUCGACUCCUCUCUUGUUUGAGCCUCAAACAGUGGAGGGAAAAAAAAAGAGUUGCCCUCCGACUCCCUGAGCUCCUGUGUUGACCUGCUGUUAUUAAAAUAUUAACAGAGACAGAGGUUCUGUUUCUAACCUCUGUUUUUACUGAUUAUUAAAUCUCCCAAGUCUUAAAACUUUUAAGAAAUUGAAUUUCUCUGUCUCACCACGUACUCAUAUAUGCAAACUAUAAUCUGAACGUUGUGUAAUGUUCAUGAUUUCUUGUGUAAAGUGCCUUAAAUUGCCUUUUCACUGACCUCCACUCCCACUGUGUUGUUUUUUAUCCAGGCUUCUCAAAAUGGAACCACUUACUUUAUAAGCUUUAUUAUGGAAUAAAUUAUUGAACUAGU